AUGGCUGUCUAUGAAAUACAACAAUAUGGCGACGGUUCUCGUAAUUAUUCCGGCAUCAGCCAUGUUUAUGUUGGGUUGCCGAAUCAAAAAGGUCACGGUAUAGGUAGUUUCUUAGGAGGAUUAUUUAGAAGAGUAUUACCUUUCUUAAAGACGGGUCUUAAAGCUGUAGGAAAAGAAGCUUCAAGGUCUGGUGUGAAUAUAGCUACAAACGUAUUGGAUCAUAAGAUACCUGCUGAGGAUGCUUUUAAAAUGCGCGUGCGUGAAUCAGGUAAAAAUUUAAAACGGAAAGCCCAGCAAAAAAUUGAUAGUCUUAUGAGUGGUUCUGGUUAUAUAUCCGGUCAGUUAGAUUCUGCAGACGAGUUUGUUGUUCAAGGGCAGGGUGAUGAAUGCAUCAACCUAGCACAUACGAUGUUGAAACUAAGUGUACGUAUUAUUCGGAAACAGUCAGUUACUGCAGCGGCUGCGGUUCCUAAAGUAGCGCCUGUUAACAACUUUAUGCAUUCAAUGUUCAGCCAGGUUGAUGUAUUAUUUAAUCAAAAACCUGUUUCAACACCUAAUAAUUUAUACGCUUAUCGUUCAUACAUUGAAACUUUAUUAAAUUACGGUGUUGAUGCUAAAACAUCACAUUUAACAACAGUAGGAUGGUGGUGUGAUACGCCUGGAAAAAUGGACAGUUUAGACGAUGAAAAUGUAGGAUUGAAAAAACGCCGUGAGUUAUUGACAUGCGAUAAAACUGCGGAUUUUAUCGGACAUCUACAUUGCGAUGUUUUUAAUCAAGAAAGAUUUCUUAUAAACAGUGUUGAAAUGCGUUUGCGUUUAACAUGUUCUCGCGACGCGUUUUGUUUAAUGGACGCUUCCACCAAGGGGUGCGUUUUUAACAUUGUCGACGCUAAUCUGUUAGUAAGACGUGCAAAAAUUUCACCAGGGACGCUUUUAUCACACGCUCGUAUGCUAGGUAAGACAACAGCUAAAUACCCUCUGACACGUGUUGAGGUUAAAGCUAUUUCAAUGCCUGCUGGUGUACAUGGUGAAACUAUGGACAACAUAAUUCAUGGUCAAAUACCGAGACGUUUAAUCAUAGGUUUUGUUGAUAAUAAAGCUUUCAAUGGCGACGCUACGAUGAACCCGUUUAAUUUUCGAAAUUUUGGAAUUAACUACUUAUCAUUAUACGUUGACGGUCGGCAAAUACCGUCAAAACCUCUUCAACCCGAUUAUGGGGCACGUAUGAAUUACGUAGACGCUUACCACACACUGUUUUCGGGUACAGGUAUCCAUUUUUUGAACGAAGGAAACACAAUAGACAGGUUUGAGUACCCUAACGGGUAUUGCUUAUACGUUUUUGAUUUAACGCCCGAUUUAUCAGCUAAUAGUAAUACACAUUGGAAUUUGAUCAAGCAUGGGAUGGUGCGUAUAGAAGUUAGAUUCGACAAAGCUUUAACAACAACCACAAACUGUAUAAUAUAUGCAGAGUAUGAGAGUGUUUUGGAAAUAGACGCUUCUAGACAAGUAACUGUAGAUUUUGCAGGGUAA